UUCAAUCUGCAUAAGAAACAAAACAUUAUUUUUUCUUUAAAAAGAAUCUUCAAUUGUUUGCCAUGAAAAUCCUUACUCCCUUCUUCCUCUUCUUCUUCCUUCUUCUUCUUCUUACUCCCUCCACUGCUUAUCAAAGUUCUUAUUACAUCCCAGUCGAUAACAUCGCCGUCGACUGCGGCGGCAUCUCUGCCUUCACUGACACCGGCGAUCGAAAAUGGACCGGCGACGUCGCUACUAAUUUCUCCCCAUCUGAACCACCAAACACAGUCAACAAGUCAAUGGUAAAGUCCAGUAAUUCAAACACCAACAACGACCCUCUCUACAAAACGGUACGCCUCUCUCGCUCUCCCUUCACCUACUCUUUCCCGGUCACUCCCGGCCCCAAAUUCAUCCGUCUUUACUUCCUGCCGGAAAAUUUCGACGAAUUUCAUAGAUUCGACGCCUUCUUCACUGUUCAAGCUGCUCAGUUCACUCUCCUUAAAAACUUCAGAGCCUCACUUGUCGCUGAUUUCUCCAAUAAAAGCUUCAUCGCAAGAGAAUUUUGUAUUCAUGUCCCGGGACAAGCAUCAAAAUUGAACAUUACCUUCACCCCAUCUCUGGAUUCUUAUGCCUUCGUCAACGGAAUUGAAGUGGUCUCCAUGCCGGAAAACCUCUACUACUCUCCUGUGAAACAAGGAAGGACGACGCCGGUUAUUGGAAACAAUAUCGCCCUCGAGCUUUAUCAUCGGAAAAAUCUCGGCGGUGAAGACGUCCUUCCGAGUCAAGAUUCCGGCAUGUACCGAAAUUGGGAUGGGAGUAACCUAUAUAUAACCACCAAACAAGUUAUCCCAAUACAAAAUGACUCUGUUUCUAUAAACUACACAACGACCACUCCAAACUUCACAGCUACAGAUUCAGUUUACCAGUCCGCUAUAAUUUUGGGUACGAAUCGAACUCUCAAUUCUAAACAAAAUUUUUCGUUGAAAUUGCCCGUUGAUUUCGGGUUCAAUUAUUUGGUACGACUCCAUUUUUGCCAAAUUCAUAUGGAUCGGUUCCAAGAAAAAGAGAGAAUUUUCACUGUGUUCAUCAAUAACCGAAAUAUAGCCGUUGUCGAUAUAGAUUCCGUCAAUACUCCUUUUUACAAAGAUUAUAAUGUACCAAUGGCGACUGGGAAUACUCCAUUUAUCUUACUGGAUUUACACCCCUUACCAAGUGAGAGCUUCGAUGUGAUUUUGAAUGGAUAUGAAGUGUUCAAACAGAGCAAUGGAACUAAUCUUGCUGUACCAAACCCAGUGGUCGCUCUAGCACCGGAAGUUAAACGGGUAGCCAAAAAUUCAAAUGCAACAGCGAUCAUCGCUGGCGUGUGCAGUAGCAUGGGAUUUGCCAUAUUGGUUUCAAUCGUUGGAUUUGUGGUUAUAUGGAAACAGAGUAAGAAGAAAACGAAGAAAAGGAAGAAGAAGAAGAAAACAAGAGAGGAUAAUUGGCUACCGGAACGACGGUGCCGAAUUUUCACCUUUAAAGAGAUUUGUAAAGCGACAGAUAACUUCAGUAAAGAGAGAGAGAUAAAAGUUCACAGAGGAUUAAGUGUCAUUUACAAAGGAAUUUUCGAGGAUGAAGGCGAUCUCACUGUCGCAAUCAAACGGUUGAAAGACCUCCCGGAAUCGAACGUAGGGGAACAAGAAUUCGUAAGAGAGAUUGAAGUGUUAUCAGAGAUUCGUCACUUGAACCUUGUAUCUCUCAUUGGAUAUUGCUUGGAAAACCAGGAAAUGUUUAUAGUUUACGAAUUUAUGGUAAACGGAACAUUCAGAGAUCAUCUCUACGGUACAUCAAAUUUUCUUCUGCCAUGGAGGAAGCGCCUAGAAGUCUGCAUUGGAGCGGCGUGUGGUUUAAACUACCUACACACUGGAUUCGAGCGACCCAUCAUCCACCGGGACGUCAAUACAACAAAUAUCCUUUUAGACGAAAAUUGGGUUGCAAGAGUUUCUGAUUUAGGGAUGUCGAAAUUGGGGAAAACUAACAUGGCAGUCAGCGCGGUGGUGAAAGGAACUUAUGGUUAUAUAGACCCGGAAUAUUUCAAUAAUAAGACAGUGACAGAAAAAUCUGACGUAUACUCAUUUGGGGUCAUCUUGUUGGAAGUGAUCUGUGGGAGAAAACCAUUGGAACGGCUUGCUGGUGGGGAGUGGUUCGGCCUUGUGGUAUGGGUUUUGGAAUGCUUGGAGAAUGGGAAUGUUUAUGAAAUUAUGGAUCCGAAUUUAAAAGGGAAGAUUACAUAUGAUUGUUUUAAGCAAUACUUGGAAUUGGCGAUAACAUGUAUCAACCAACAUUCAAAGCAUCGACCGAGAAUGAAGGAGGUGGAGGAGAAAUUAAGGUUGAUCUUGAAGCUGCAAGAGGAAGCAGAAGCAGAAGCAGAAGCAGAAGGGGAUAUUUCCAACGGUGAUUAGAGUUAUCCAUAGGAGCCAUUUUGGCUGAUAAAGGCAGUAGGGCAUUUCCUUUUUACAAAACACAAAAACUGCUAUUUACAUUUGUAAUGGACUUGUGUUUAUUCGCUUAUGACUGAAGAAAUGCUAAGUGAACAAAACAUUCGGAUAUGCUAUGUGGCCUAUUUGAUCAGAAGACAUAAUUUGUUUUUCAAAA